CAUUGAAUACAUUUGUUAUUUAAUUAUAUUAUUCUCUGUGCAUUCUGUCACCAGUGCCCUAACCUAACUUUUUCAAGCACUUUCAAAAUAAAUGUAAUUAUUUAAAAUUGAAUAUAUUUACUAUCUAUUCACCAUGGAAGAAAAUCCUAAGAACAGGGGACGAAAACAUAUCGCUAAUAAAUCUAAAUAUAAUAAAAAUAAACCGAAACCUACUGGUUUAGCAAAAUCCAUCAUCAAAACAAAAUCUUUAGCUCCUAAUUGGGAUAGAUAUGAGGAAGAAUUGACUUCAGGUAACGAUUAUGUACCCUUAGGAUCCGACUUUGCACUUUUAGCCAAUGCACCUAUUUCAAGAGGAAGUCACUUUCAAUUCAAAUCUGAAACAAACAAGAUUCAGGAAUUAGAAAAGGCAUCCGUUGUGGAUACUAGUGGUUUAUUCAAUAUUGAUCUGAAUUUAAUUGGUUUAAGUUUGUCUACAAUACCUUUCAAUGAAAGAUGUGAUAUACCAGAUGAUUAUUUCUCAGAAUCUCAGCGAAAAAUAAUGCUGCAGACAGCGAAAACUAAUGACCAGAUAUUAGAAGAAACCUUAUCAAGAGAUAAUGUUGACGUUUCAUCUACUAUUGAUACGUUUUUUGCAUCAAAUAAAUCUGUAGAUUCCUCAAUGUCAUAUAAAAGUGAAACAGAUGGAAGCAUUGAUGAGAAUAAUACACACAAAGAAGAAGUUGAUUCUAAAUCUCAAAUAUCAGAGGAAACAGUUUCAAUAUUUGACACUGAAAUUGCUUCUCUUGCAAUAGGAGAUGUAAAAAAAGAUACUCAUGAGUCUGCCGCUUCAAUAUUAGAGUCAGAAUCAUUAUCGCAAUGGUUAGAUGAUGUUCUAGGCGAUUGAUGUUUUCGGGCUUCCAUUUUUUGUAUUGACCUGGUGAUAUUAGCAAAUUUUUAUUUUAUUUUUAUUGAAAUAAAUUCGAUUUUUAUAA